AUGGCACCAGGCGGACGUGCCUCUAGACAAACCACAAUUACAGGUGCUUCUACUCGAGCAAGCCGAUCAUCUGAUCCAUCAAAUAGUAAUAAUCCUACUCCUAAUACAGAUGAUUCAUCUAGAAUCAGGAAAGUUCGUGGAAGGACAAUGAGAAAAGGUCUUGAGAAAAUGAAGAAGUCUAUAGGGAGAAAGAUGGUUAUAGACAUCCCAGUUGGUAAAGGAAGGCCAGUUAAGGCAAUUCCAUCAGCAAAGCUAUCAAAUGGGUUAGGAAUUAUUGCUCGCAACUUUCUUACGCUUCCAAACAAGUGGAAGGAACUCACAAGAGAGGAUAAGGAUGCAACAUUAAUUAGAUGCCAUGAGAAGUUUGAAAUUAACUUGGACGAGCAUUACACCAAAGAUAGCUGUGAGGAUAUUCUGAAAAAUAGAAGCCGAAAAUGGCGCUACAAAUUAAAAAAGCUAUUUGAAAGUGCAAGCUCCGAGGAAGAGGCUCGUAAAAUUGAAGUGCCAGAGUUGACACCGAAAAAUUGGAACAGGCUCUGUGACAUGUGGGCGAAUCCAGAGCAUAAGAGCUUGUUUGGCCUAUUUAUUGCUGUCGAGGCUUUGUUUGUGAAUCGUUGUUGGAUUUCUAGUUUUCUUAUAUGGCAUUUCGUGAACCGGUUAGCUUCUUUUGCUUUGCUGAUAUCUGGUUUCCUCUUGUGA